GGCGUAUAUAUAACCAGUAUGUGGCUUCCCAUCUGUCACAUAGUUGUACCUCCUCCGAAACAUUCGCUUCGAGUGUUCUACAGCAUCCGCUAUGUCACGGGGGAAGCUCGCCACCAUCUUGGCCGUCGCCGCGCUUGCGUGCCUGUUGGCGCCCGCUCUGGCGGACUACGGCAACAGCGACUGGAAAGACGAGAAGCACGGCUGGAAGGAUGACAAGCACGACUGGGAUGACAAACACGAAUGGAAGGACGGCAAACACGAGUGGAAGGAUGGCAAGCACGAGUGGAAGGACGGCAAGAAGGAAGGGUGGGUGAGCGACGUCAAGCACACCGAGUUCCUGGUGUGCAAGCACUGCGGCGACUACAGCGUGCUGACGGACUCGUUGCUGCUCAACACGUUCAACAUGAUCAAGGUGUACAACGUCGACCUAGACACGGCGCUCUGCUUCACGCUGCACCUCGUCUACCUCUUCGUCCUCAUUUUAGACAAAGUGCUGGAGCAAAACCUUCACGCCUUGGUCGACGGCCUCACUCGAUUGCUGAAGAGGGUUGCUGCCAAUCCUAAACUCGCACCCACUCUCCAGGAGACUGGACUGAAGGCUACAGCCCUCUUCAGAUGUGCGCUGACACACCUCCAUAAGACUUUCAUCUUCUAGCGUGCCAUCGUCCACAGCAAGAUAAACAUGAAAGCUGCACGACCUACCGAACAGAAUGCACUAUGUAAUUCCCUGUAAUUGAUUAAAAUAAAUAUUAUCAAGCAGAGAAAAGACUU